AUGAAAGUAAACUUCACUCGUACGUCCUCUCUCUGUCUCUGGAGUGCCAAAGCUGGUAAAAUCAUCGCUAUCGUCGAGGUCAAGCUGCGCACCGUUUUAACGACAGCUGUCGAAGCUGGGAAGGGAGGGGCUCAAAGCGGCGCAAGUCACAGCAACCAGUCCCAGGCCGAUAAGAAGGUGCCUGUCGACGAGCCGAAUUUGGAGCAACUGUUGUUGGAGUGCAGCCAGGAGGGGGGCUUGAAGCUCAUUCUGGCUGAUAGGCAAGUUGGUGGUAAAGUUCACCCCGCCUUGCGCAUUGUGGACGACGACGGGAAGAUCGUGCCGAAAUGGACGCACUGGGCAGACGGAUUAUCCCAGCUGUGGGAAGAAUUGAAUCACUACAAACUCGACCUCGUCAUACUCACCUCCUACGAAGUUUGGAUUCCCUUCGAGCGCGAUCCCGUUAUCAAGAACCUGCUUCGUGUGGGUGACCCAAUCUAUAGGAAGGAGCCCGGAACUGCGCCCGAGCCCGGCAAGAUGUCGCCUAUGGAGCUUGUGGUGGCUUCCGUGUUUGAGAGGGAACCCCCACCCCCACUCAACUAUACACCUCGACCUCUACCUGUCUGGUCUUCGUCCGAAGCUUCGGGGAAUGAUUCAACGCAGAAUGGCCAGAACGAGAGCGGGGUAGGGGCAUCGGGAUCGAGGGGCACGAAGAGUGGAUAUGACAAACUUGGCGGCACUGGCGGCGCUGGAAGGGACAAUGCUAUUGAUGGUGACGCAAACAUCCCGAGGAAUCAACUUGCUCCCGUCACUCUGCAGGUUUCAAUGUCCAACGAUCGCCCCCCUGACGCUCUUCACUACUUUAAGCAACACAACUUGGAUAACGGCUACAUGGCCGGUCGCCUUUCCCCCUGCGUCAUUGCAUCCUUGGCCGACGACGACACUAUCCACUCGGGACUGCCUACUUCCGAGCUUGAAGCCCACCUCGCCCUCGGCAGCUAUAUCAGCUCUGGGCGCCUGUGGGACGUCUACCACUCCGUCCUCACCGUCGAAGGCCGUGUGAGCAAGAAGCUCGUCGCCAAGGUCAUGUGCCCUGAUACCUAUGAUGAGUACUAUGGGGGUCACAAGGAGUUUUUCGAAGGCCCCGAAGAGGCAGUGGCUGCAUAUCGUCUCGAGGCGGCGCUGUACAGUGGACCUCUCGCACGCCUACAAGGAGGGGCUGUCCCCGCAAAGUAUGGCUCGUUCAGUGGUACAAUGUCUCUCGGGGGAAUCCCUGGGGGCUACCCAUUGCACAUCGAAUUGAUGGAGGAUGUCGGGGGGCCAGUCGCCGGAGAGGAUGAGCUGGAGUAUCUGCCUUUGCAGGAUAGACAGGCUAUCCGAGACCUCUACCAUCAAAUCCAUGCGGUGCGCGUCCUUCACUGUGACGUAGAGCCACGCCACAUACUCCGACGCGCCGACGGCCGCUUCGCUCUCAUCGACUUUGACUCCUCUUUCGUGGUGAAGGAUGGUCCCGAGGGCGAGCGCGAGGUAGCGAAGGUACUGGUCCCAACCCAGCGAGCCCAAUUCGCCGCCAACAAGGAUUUCCUCGAUAACCUCAGGAAGAUCGCAAACUGUGAUAGGGAGAUCAGUCUUCCCAUAGCGUUUGGAAAAGCUUCAUAUCGAGCGGGUUUCUGGUCUGACGAGUUUGAAACCGAGUUACACUAUGAGGACGAGGUGGAGAGGCUCCCGACCGAUUUGUCAUCCGAUGUCCGACAGCAGAUCAUGGAAAGCUACGAGAGGUUGCACAAACAAGGGAUGUUGCACGUCGACAUCAACGCCCGGCAUAUCCUUCGUCAUCCAGUCGAUAACAAACCACGAAUCAUCGAUUUCGAGGGCGCGAAAUCUAUUUCCGAGGCCCGAGCAGCGCUCUGGGACUACGACGCGGGGGCAGAGAUGGAGAGGGUUAGGUGGAUGUCUUACGGUGGUUACGGCGGUGGCGGCGGUGGUUACGGUGGUGGUGGCGGCGGCUACGGUGGUGGCUACGGUGGCGGUGGCGGUGGCUACGGCGGUGGUGGUUUCGGAGGUGGCGGCUAUGGUGGCGGCGGUUUUGGUGGUGACCGUAUGAGCAACCUUGGUCAGGGUCUCCAGAACAUCGACUGGCAGACCACCACUCUCACCAAGUUCGAGAAGAACUUCUACGUUCAGGACCCCCGAGUCACUGCCCGAUCCGACUCUGAGAUUGACGCUUUCCGAGCCUCCAAGGAGAUGAAGAUCCAAGGCAAGAACGUCCCCCGCCCCAUCACCACUUUCGAUGAGGCUGGUUUCCCCGACUACAUCAUGACUGAAAUCGCCCGAAUGGGUUUCGCCGCUCCUUCCGCUAUUCAGUGCCAGGCUUGGCCCAUGGCCUUGUCUGGUCGUGACGUUGUCGCCGUUGCCGAGACCGGUUCCGGUAAGACCAUCUCCUUCGCCCUCCCCGCCAUGGUCCACAUCAACGCCCAGCCCCUCCUUGCCCCCGGUGACGGCCCCAUCGUCCUCAUCCUCGCCCCUACCCGAGAGCUUGCUGUCCAGAUUCAGGCCGAGUGCACCAAGUUUGGCGCUUCUUCCCGAAUCAGGAACACUGCCAUCUACGGUGGUGCCCCCAAGGGUCCCCAAAUCCGAGACCUCCAGCGAGGUGUCGAGGUUUGUGUCGCCACCCCCGGUCGAUUGAUUGACAUGCUCGAGACUGGCAAGACCAACCUUAAGCGAGUCACCUACCUCGUCAUGGACGAAGCCGACCGAAUGCUCGACAUGGGUUUCGAGCCCCAGAUCAGGAAGAUUGUCUCUCAGAUCCGACCUGACCGACAGACCCUCUUGUUCUCUGCCACUUGGCCCAAGGAGGUUCAGCGUCUCGCUAUGGACUUCCAGCACGACUUUAUUCAGGUCAACAUUGGUUCUUUGGACCUCACUGCCAACCACAACGUUGCCCAGCACGUCGAGGUCUGCUCCGACUUUGACAAGCGACAGAAGCUCCUCGCCCACCUCGAAAAGAUCUCUCAGGAGAACGCCAAGGUCCUCAUCUUUGUUGGUACCAAGAGGGUUGCCGACGACAUUACCAAGUUCUUGAGGAUGGACGGCUGGCCCGCUCUUGCCAUUCACGGUGACAAGCAACAAGCCGAGCGAGACUGGGUCCUUGCCGAGUUCAAGUCUGGUCGAUCCCCCAUCAUGCUUGCUACCGAUGUCGCUUCCCGAGGUCUCGAUGUUCGAGACAUUGGCUACGUUAUCAACUACGACUUCCCCAACAACUGUGAAGACUACAUUCACCGAAUUGGUCGAACUGGUCGUGCCGGUAAGACUGGUACUUCUUACACCUACUUUACCACCGAGAACUCCAAGUCUGCACGUGAACUCGUCCAGAUUCUGAGAGAGUCCAAGGCUGUCAUUCCCCCUGAGCUCGAGGAGAUGGCUUUGUACGGUGGCCGAGGUUCCGGUGGUGGCCGUGGCCGUGGCGGUCGUGGUGGUGGCCGAGGCCGUGGUGGAUUCGGUGGCGGUCGAGGCGGCGGCUACGGUGGUGGUGACGGUUACAACAGCCGCUGGUAA